AUGGACACCAACUCUACCAGCUUCACCUCGCCUCUGGCGAGUCCACUAAACGGCAACGUCAACAUACCACUUCAGCUCGAAUAUGUUGUCGACGCCAUCUCUCACGCCAGCCUGUGGACCGUCCUGUGGACUUGUGUGGCUCUCGCAGUGGCUUAUGAUCAAAUCAGUUACCUCCGCCAGAAGGGCUCAAUCGUGGGCCCAUCAUGGAAAGCGCCCUUCAUUGGUCCCUUUUUGCAGUCCAUGAACCCCAAGUUCUCCGAGUACUAUGGGAAAUGGCUGAGCGGCGAUCUUAGCUGUGUUUCUAUUUUCCACAAGUUCGUCAUCAUUGCUUCGACUCGCGACAUGUCCCGCAAAGUCUUCAACUCACCGACCUUCGUCAAGCCUUGCGUCGUCGAUGUCGCGCCCAAGCUCCUGGGAGCCGACAACUGGGUGUUCCUGGACGGCAAGCCCCACGUCGACUUUCGGAAGGGCCUCAAUGGGCUGUUUACGCGCCAGGCUCUUGAAUGCUACCUGCCCGGGCAAGAGGAUGUGUACAACCGCUAUUUCAAGAGAUUCGUCAAGAUCACCAAGGACGCUGGCGGCAAACCCGUGCCUUGGAUGUCCGAGUUCCGAGAGAUCAUUACAGCUGUGUCCCUGCGAACAUUCUGCGGCCACUACAUCUCUGAUGAGGGUGUCAAGAGGAUUGCGGACGACUACUACCUGAUCACUGAAGCCUUGGAAUUGGUCAAUUUCCCCUUCAUCAUCCCCUUCAGCAAGACCUGGUACGGAAAGAAGGCUGCAGACAUGGUCCUGGCAGAAUUUUCAAAGGCAGCUGCCAAGAGCAAGAUCCGCAUGGCCGCCGGAGGCGAGGUCUCGUGUAUCAUGGACGGUUGGAUCAAGAGCAUGGUGGACUCCCGCAGAUGGCGUGAGGCCGAAGCCAGGGGCGAGAAGACCGAGAAGCCGACUCCUUUGCUGCGAGACUUCACCGACUACGAGAUUGCCCAAACUGUCUUUACCUUCCUCUUCGCAUCUCAGGAUGCCACCAGCAGCGCUGCUACAUGGCUGUUUCAGAUCAUGGCCCAGCGGCCCGACGUGCUCGACCGAAUCAGAGAGGAAAACUACCAGACCCGCAACGGUGACAUUCACGCGCCCCUGACCUUGGACCAACUCGAGUCGAUGAAGUACACCCGUGCUGUUGUCCGUGAGCUGCUGCGGUACCGCCCUCCCGUGCUUAUGGUGCCUUACCUCGCGAAGAAGGCAUUCCCCAUCACAGAAAACUACACCGUUCCCAAGGGCGCUAUGGUCAUCCCUUCGACAUACCUCUCUCUGCGGGAUCCUGAAGUGUAUGAGAACCCCGACGACUUCAACCCUGAGCGGUAUUACACGGGCGAUGCCGAGGAGAAGGGCGCAAAGAACUGGCUGGUCUUCGGCACUGGUCCUCACUACUGCCUUGGACAGCAUUACGCAAUGUUCAACCUUGCCCUCAUGAUUGGCAAGGCAUCACUCCUGAUGGACUGGAAGCACCACCCAACACCAAAAUCCGAGGAGAUCAAGGUGUUUGCUACCAUCUUUCCCAUGAAACCGCCCGCCGCCUCCAAAGAGCUUUACCGAAAGCUCAAUUUCUGCCGAAACCUACGCCCUACCCAGGUCAAACAACGCACCUCUCCCCGACCCCUCACUUGUGUCGGCACCUGCUCGAACGAAGCUGCAAAGAUGGUAUCCACGCGGACACUGCAGACCGCUACAAGCGCCUUGCGCCAGGGCGCCUACCGGACCGGCGUGACUAGCUCGAGACCCCUCCUCCGCAGCAUCACGGCGCGAGCAGCCAGACAGACGGCCCCGCUGCCACGGCACGCUGCAGCAGCGUUCCCCGCGGGCAUCCGGAGAUACUCCCAGCAGACGCCGGGCGAGAGCAAGAUAUGGAGCUUUGAAGACAUCCAGAAACUCAUGCGAGACUCGAAACCCAGCGUGGUAGUAGUCGAUGUCCGAGAGCCAGGCGAGCUCAAGUCGACCGGCCACGUGCCGGGCGCGAUCAACAUCCCCGUCACCUCGCAGCCCGACAGCUUCCACAUCACAGAGGAGGAGUUCGAGGACCGCUUCGGGUACCCGCGCCCGGGCAAGGACGAGGAGGUCGUGUUCUACUGCAAGGCCGGCGUGCGCAGCCGCGCGGCAGCGGGGCUGGCCAAGGAGGCUGGCUGGUCCAAGGUCGGCGAGUACCCCGGCAGUUGGCUGGAUUGGGCUGAGAAGGGGGGCGAGGUGGAAAGGUAA